AUCCGCCGAAUAAAAACAGAAACACCGGGGCGAAACCGACACCGUUUCCACAUGAAAAACGUCAAUGACCCAUCUUAAAAAAAAAGAAUUAACUGCCAUAAACCUGCAGCAGCUCUGUCUCUCGUCUCCCUUUUAUUAAUUAGGAUGAAAUAAUUGUUGUUGUUUUAUAGCUGUUGUCUGCCGCAUCCCCAUUUUGAAAUCUCUCCCCCUCCCUCCCCUUUCACACACACAAAUUCUUCUCUCUCUCUAUAAAUUGAAUCUCUCUGCUUUCGCUUUCUUCUCUGCUACCUACUCACUUCUAACUCAUUUUCCUUUUGUUUUCUUCUCUGCUCCAAUGGCAGUCAGUUCUUCUAGAGCACCCAGAAACUCACUCGCUACUGUUCCCAACAAGUUUAGAGAUACAAAUCAUUCAACAACAACUAAUAAUGCUGAACAUAAAUCCAAAUACGGCGCCGUAGAGAAGAGAGUUCACGUUGUUUACUAUCUUUCCAGAAAUGGUCAGCUUGAACAUCCUCAUUUCAUUGAAGUUCCUCUCUCUAACUCCUCUCAUGGUCUCUAUCUCAGAGAUGUUAUCGACCGUUUAAACAUCCUUCGUGGUAAAGGCAUGGCUAGCCUCUAUUCCUGGUCAUCUAAACGGAGUUACAAAAACGGCUUCGUUUGGCACGACUUAGCAGAAAACGAUUUUAUAUAUCCAGCACACGGCCACGAGUAUGUGCUCAAAGGAUCAGAGCUGGUUCAAGAACCUUCUUCUUUAGGCGCUGUAAACCCUAACAGUAAUAAACUACUCCUUCUCGAAGCGACGUCGUCUCCGUCAAGUAAACCACUAAUUAACCAUAAGUCGUCGUCAAGCGAUCAGGAGUCGCCAGAUUUUCCUCCGGCGAUCACACGGCGGAGAAACCAGUCGUGGAGCUCGCCUAUUGAUCUCAAUGAGUACAAAGUUUAUAAGACUGAGUCGUUAAAUGAGUCGAAUCGGAAACUCGCUGCUGAUGCGGCGACUCAAACUGAUGAUAAGAGGAGGAGAAGGAAGCUGCAGGUCAAGGAAGAAGAAGAAGAGGAGGAAUUUGAAGUAGUGAGCAGAGAAGAAAUUGAGAUUUCACCUCCACCGUCCGAUUCGAGUCCCGAGACUUUAGAGUCCUUGAUGAAAGCUGAUGGACGGUUAAUAUUAGGGAGUGGUGGUGAUAGUAAUAAUAAAACCGAGGAGAGUCUAAAUCGGACGGUGGAGAAUUGCGGGAGGAUUAAGGCAUCGACGGUUCUGAUGCAACUGAUCUCGUGCGGUUCUAUUUCUUUUAGAGACUGUGGGGCCACGGCGGUUAAAGACCAAGGUCUGUCGUUGAUCGGACAUUAUAAAGGGAGAUUGCCACGUGGAGGUGGUGGAAGUAGGGAAGGGAUAUUGAAGGAAUUUGGUGGUCUUGGAGGGGUAAGAUUGGAAGAUAAAGAGUAUUUUAGUGGCAGUUUGGUUGAAACCAAGAAAAUUGAUCUAGUGCCUGCUUUGAAGAAGUCUAAUUCUUAUAAUGCUGAUCGGAGUACGCAUUUGCAAUUGGCGGAAAAGGAGGUAGAGGGAACAAGAACAAGGUGCAUACCAAGGAAGCCGAAGGCAAUCCAAAUCAAGAAAGAGACCGGCGAUACUGAAAGUAACAUCAAUAGUCAACCAGGAAGCAAAAGAUUUGAAGUUGAGAAAAUCGAAAGCGUGGCGAAAUGAGAGUAUGAAUUCAACCUUUUAGCCUUGUAUAUGUAGAUUUUAGUUUAGUAGCUAGCAAAUGAAAAGUGAGAGCAUAGUCUAAAAAAACAAUUAAGGUAGAGACAAGAAUAGAGGCUGAACUUGCCACGGAUUGCAAACAAUGGCUGAACUAGAAUAUUAAGAGAGGGUGAAUUUACAUGAGAAUAUUAGUCGGAUAGAGGAAUGGAGAAAAAGAAAUCGAUGGACAAAUAAAAAAAUAUAGUAAGAGGGAAGGAGCGACGCGCCGACGGAUAGUGGGGGAGGCGGACUUGACGGGACGUUCAUCCUGCUCCACCUAGUUCCAUCCUUGAAAACGAGCCAGGGCACUAACAUUGAGGGUUAAAGUGAGUUGAGAAAUUCUUAAUAUAGUGAAUUAGUAUGUUGUUGGGGAUUGUUAAAUGUUGAUCUGAAUACGAAGCUUUGGGCUUAGAGUCAAUGCUACAUGUUGCUGAAUUUGGGUGAUUAGGUACUAAAUCCUAAGUUGUUUGAAGUCUUUUUAGACACAAUCCUUUUGACUCCAAAACAUGGGAAAUAGAAUUUUGUCCUCGGUAAUGUCGUUACACUUGUGGAUUUGAUUGUUUCGAAGCAAGCACGUGAGGUAGCUAAGCUAUUUUGGUUUAUCAACGCCGGCCAUGCUGUUGGGAUUUGAGAGGGAUAUGGAGAACUAUUUUAUAUUCAUAUUUGCCGGGAAUGUGCAUCCAUAGCAAAACACUAUGGCAAAUCAAGUUGUAACUAGUCAUUAAGCAAUACUACUACUCUUAGAUGGGAACCCAAAUUUUGGAUGAAUAUAUAACAUUAGUUUGUAUUGAA